AUGACAAUCUUCAUUACUCUUUCCAAGCCUUUCUAUCAUCCUGGUGAAGUGGUGAGUGGAAUAAUUAAUCUUUCUCUCACUGAACCACUUUUGCCAUCUUCAUUCUCUCCAGCUAAUAAUUUAAUUGUCAUAUUCAAAGGAAAGGAAAGAACUAAACUUCAUAUAUUGGAUGAUGAGAUUGGUGUAACUCCUAAAGGUUUAGUUGUGACUGAUAUACAGUUGGAUACUAGAACUAGCUCUUAUUCGUUGAAUGGUAAAAAGGCAUUGGUUGACCUGAGACCGAUUGUUAAAAGCUUUCCUAGUGGAAUAGAAGCAGGUGAUUAUUCGUUUCCAUUCGAAAUUCAAUUACCAACCAAUGGAUUGCUUCCAAGCACUUUUAUUUCAAUGAAAGAUUGUAAAGAUGUUUACAAAGGAGCAGUUAUUUAUAAGGUAGCUGCAAGACUUGGAGAUUUAUAUUGUAGUAUGCUUGUUCCUAUUACUCCAAACAUUAUCAGAGAACAAGUGACUGAUUUCAAAGAGAAGAAAUUCCUUUUUGGAGGUAUUGGUAAAUUGAAAAUGAAACUAGAAAUGGAAAAGAACUUUUUCCAACCAUGUGAAGUUAUUCCAAUCAAAUUGAGCAUUCAAAAUGAUUCAAGGAAAGAUGUUCAAUCAUUGAAAGUUAAAUUAUUUAGAACUGCAACAAUUUCUUGUGAUGAAGCAGCUCUCAAACUUACCACUUAUGGAGAAACCAAUGAUAAAGAAGGUCGUAGAACAAUUAAGCAAGGUCCAGUCGAAGUUUACAGAAUGAAAUUUGAAGGAGUUUCUGCCAAAACACAUACUGAGAGAGUUUUAAAUUUUUUCAUUCCUAGAAAAACUUUACCUUCCACCAAUGGAACCUUUUUAAAGAUUGAAUAUUAUUUAGAUGUUGAAUGUGAUGUGCCAUUUGCCUUUGAUUUAGAGUCGAAACCAUCCAUUGAAAUUGUCUAUCAACCUAAAACAUUCCAAAAUAUUCCCUUCUUUAAACGAUUACCAGAUAGUUGGAAAUCAUUAUUCAUUUAA